CCCAAACCACUGCUGCCAGCAGAAACGGAUUCCCAGAUACGGGAAAUCCCAAUCGGGCAAUCAGCAAUCAACCGGGUAACAAGCAACAAGCAACAAGCAACGGCCAAGCCAAGCAGCCAAGCGCCCAAGCAGCAGAGCCAUCCGCCACACCGGACCGCCAGGGAUCCCGCCUCCCGGAGCCAAAUCGCCGACCGCCGUGCCCGUUCCUCGUUACGGCGUCCGCCAUCCGCCCUUCCGAUAUUUAGGUGUGGUUUACAAUAGAAUGACAUGUUCUGAGCUAGACCCUGAUGUUGUUCGGUGGGGUCUUCAUCUGAUAGAUGUUUGCUCUAUCAACGAUAGUGGAUCUCCUGUCAGCAUUACACAGUGUGAUGAGGACAUGUCUCAAACUGAAUUAAUUAGAGAAGGUUACUGUGAUACGUCACACUUACCUCAAACUGAGUUGAUCAGAGAAGAUUACUAUGAUACUUCACAUGCUUACGUGGAUAAUGAUGAGAUAAUUGCUCAUACACUUCAAGAGGAAUUAUCGCGAGUUGCGAUGGUUGAAUCUUCAGGAUCUUCACAUGCUGAGGAAGAACAUCAGAAAGACUCUGUUCUUUCUCAGGAUUGGCUUGGAUCUUCAAAGAGACACGGCUGCGAAAGAGUUAAUGAAGAAAUAGAAGACAGUGAUAUGUUUUAUCAAUAUUCUAGUCCAGUUGAAAUGUCAGGUUGUCCGAGCGAUCAAUCUUAUUUGCCACAGAUUGAAGAUGAGUCCAGUCUUGAUGGUGAAGUUGGCAAAAGAUUGAACCAGAUGAUUUCUAUUCCUCAUGUUCCUAAAAUCAAUGGAGAGAUACCUUCAGUUGAUGAAGCUUCUUCAGAUCAUCAGAGGCUAAUGGACAGGCUUGAACUAUAUGAGCUCGUUGAGUUAAAAGUUUCAGGAGAUGGCAACUGCCAGUUCCGGUCGCUAUCAGACCAAAUAUAUCGUACUACUGAGUAUCACAAGUUUGCAAGGGAACAGGUUGUUAAACAGCUCAAAUCCCAACCGGAGUUGUACAAGGGUUAUGUUCCUAUGGAUUAUGGAGAGUAUCUAAAGAAAAUGAGCAAGUGUGGUGAAUGGGGUGAUCAUGUCACAUUGCAGGCUGCUGCAGAUGCGUAUGGUGUUAAGAUAUUCAUCAUUACAUCAUUCAAGGAUACCUGCUACAUUGAGAUAAUUCCACAUGCACAAGUAUCAAAGAGAAUUAUUUUCUUGAGUUUUUGGGCAGAAGUGCAUUACAACUCCAUAUAUCCACGAGGAGAGUAUAUGGGCCCGGACCCCAUGGCCCACAUACUCAAGUCAACGAUGGCCAGAAGAACACCCACGUGGCCCCCUUCGGCCAGCGGGUCCGCAUCGGCCAGAAACCAAACCGGCCCAGGAAGCACGCAUGGACUCCCGGGACCGCAUCGGCCCAUGGACCGUAUCGGCCAUGGGACCGCAUCGGCCAAAAGUGCACCGCAUCGGCCAGGCCUCGUCCUAGCAGAAUGCAUCUCUCUACUUUAUUUGCUAAGUAUUGUACUCAGCCCAUUAGUGGCCCUAUUUCGCCCAAAGAAGGCACGAUUAUUGUAAUGGGCCUCCUAAGCCCAUGGCUAGGAGCCCAAAUCCACAUUUUUACCUAUAAAUAGACCCCUUGGGGCUAGUUAUAGGAGGUUGAGAAAUAUAAUUACUCACUUUCUCUCUCUAGCUCUCACUUCUCUCUAGAAUUAAUACUCUAUCAUUUGGUGGAUUGGCGGAUUCCAAAAUAGAAUCUUUUGGCGGAUUCCAAAAGAUCCCAAAAAGCGCGGACUGGCGGAUUCGAACUACGAACUUGAGUGGCAAGUUGAGUUAGAUUAUUAAUCUAUUAUCAUUAUUUGUAAAAUAGUGUGUAUUUUUUGACACAUGGAAAAACGGACUUAUUCCGAGCACUCGCGUACACCGGCAGACUAUUGAAGUCUCGCGCCACGGGUCACGACAAACGGGUGUGGCGAUAAAUAAGCUUCAAAUCCAAAUGUUAUUUAAUACACACUCUGGUUUCUAUGCUCCAGCAUAGAAACAUGAUUUGAGCUCCAGCUUGAAAUUUUGAGGCCAUUUAAUGUAGGCCCAAAUCCAAUAACGAAUUGAAAGCUCAAGAAAUUAUAACAAAUUUAUUUGAAUGCAUAGGUGCAAUUAAAUGAUGACCAGGACUACUUAGCAUGCCGAGCUACUCACAUCGAGAGACUGGUCUCGGCCAUCCCCUCAGUAGACGGACACCGUUGCAGCUCUGUGCCUAGGCCGAAAGGUUCACCCCUUUUUGCUUCAUUUUGGGGGCAUCUGAUGUACUCUUUUUCCCUCAUUAGGAUUUUUUCCCAUAGGGUUUUUUCCUAAUGAGGUUUUUAACGAGGCAUCUCCCCAUUGUGGAUCAAAAGGUGUCGACCCUCGGCCCCCUAUUGAAGACAUCAUCACGAGACAUGCACUACUCAACUCCUCUUCACCUCAUGACAUUCACCUCAAGGAGUGGGGGACUGGAAGAGCGGGGGUAGCACCACCGUUAACCAAAGAAGCAGAAAUUCCAAAUUUUUAACGAAGUUUACUCACCAAACGAUGACAUAUCAGCACACAGUUCUACUCUCUUUCGCCUCGAGUACUCUCGACUCAGAGAGUGGGGGACUCCUGAUAGAGUAUAUAGACUCAGACUCCCGGGUAUCACGACUAUUGGGCCCGGACAGUGGCCCACACACGCUUCACCGAUAUCAUUUAUAUUAUUGUACUGUCCGAUUUGUAUUUGUAUAAUUGUAUCCACUAGAUUAGCCUUUUUUAUAUCAGUCCAUUUAUGUAACCGGGUCUGUCGGGCCCAUAUUAGAGGCCCAGACCCGGAUUUUCCUAUUUAUACUCCUCUUGGAGCUUCUUGUAACCCUAAGUCAUAAUUCCAUAAUUCAAUACUAUUCAUCUUCUUCCUCA